CCCGCCCUCUGCGAGCUAAGCCUGCGUUUCCCGUGGGGCCCUGCGGCGGCGCGUUGCCAAGGGAGCGAGGGACGCGGCGCAUGCGCCAAGGGGGGCGAUGCGAUGGACGGCUCCUUCCGGCCGCGUUUCUUCACGCCGCGGGAGGUGGCGGUGCACAACCGGCCGUGGGACCUCUGGGUCUCCUACCUGGGGCGGGUGUACGACCUCAGCCCCCUGGCCGAGGAGUACAGGGGGGACCUGCUCAUGAAGCCUCUCCUGGAAGUGGCGGGAAGAGACAUCAGCCACUGGUUCAACCCGAGAACCAAAGACAUACAGACACACAUCGAUCCCCUGACUGGAUGCCUCAAGUACUACACGCCCCAGGGCCGCUUUGUGCACAUCCCGCCGCCUCUUCCCCGCUCGGACUGGGCCAACGAUUUCGGAGUGCCCUGGUGGAAAAACCCCGUGUACGAAAUAGGCAUCUUGUCUGCUAAAACCCGGCACAUCCGGAUCAUCAACACUCUGACCUCUCAGGAGCAGACCCUCGAGGUCUGCUCAGAAGAAACCAUGUGGGAGAUCUUGAGGCGCUACCUGCCCUACAACGCCCACGCCGCCAGUUACACGUGGAAGUACCAUGGCAAAGUCCUGGACAUGGAGAAGAACCUUCACAACAACGACAUUCCCGAUGAAGACGAGGAGUUCUACCAGCUCAACAUGGACGCCGACGACUUCACCUCGGCCAUUUUGCUCUACUUCAACGAUGACCUCACUGAGCUCUAGAAACUCGCCUAGUGUCCCUCCGACAGAAAGCCCCCAAUUAGGUGCCGCUUCCCCUCUCCAGCAAUUGCAGGGCACCGAAGUUAUCUUUAGGGAUGGCGGCACUCACACCCUCCUCGGCAAACCCACACUCUCUCCGGGAGCAGACUCGGUGGAAAGGGAGAUGCACCCCGAAUUACGACGACGGGUCCCUAAAAUACGACUUCCGGGUCUUGUGAACGUCCAGCUGAAUCUUAAGGGCUCUCCUUGCUGUCGUUUGCUGCUGCGGCCACUAGAGGUCAGUCGUGGCCCGCUGUGCAGUCAUUUGGAAGCUCCGUCCUUGUUCUUAACAUGAUUUUUACAAAUAAUUGCAUUUUAUUAUCCCGCAGCUAGAGUUUUUUUAUUAUCCUGGAGCUAGGAAAGCAGCUUGCCCACUCAUUUGGAGAGGGACCCACCCCAAUUUUAUAUCUUCAGUUUUAAACUAGGGUCCUCUGGAGGGAUCUGGAUGAACAUCCUGCUGAAUCCGAAAGGAGAUGAUUAAGUAAUCUCGGAGCGGCUAUUUGCUCCUGCUUCAGCUAUUUCAAAGGCUUGUUUGGAGGGCAAAGUGGUCCGAGGGUGAGGAAUGAGAUAGGCAGCUGAGAAUCCCCUUGGAGGAUAAGUGGGAUAAAAAUGCAACCGGAUGCUUGCAUUGGAAAGACAUCGUCCGUCAGGUUUAACUUUUCAUUUUUUUAAAAAAAUCAUCUUGACGCCUCGAAAAGAGCAAAUCUUGAAUAAAGAUGGUCUUUGCAUCGUGUAACUUCAGGUGUUAAGGAAAAAAAAAAUAGGUGACUGUCAGUGUAGUAUGUUCUCUGGGUGCUGCAGUCUGUUCAGCGAGGGUGAUUUUGUAAGAUCGCUGCCCAGGAUUGCAGCCAAAACUCUUGUUUUUGUAAACCGGUAUUUCCCAAAGAAAAUACGUUAACAGCGAAGUCGUAUCAGAGUCAAGCUGGAUCCUUGGUGUAUUUGGGAACAUGGACACGCGCUGGUA